AAUACCACAUGACGGUGUUAAUCCAUCAGCAGUCACACUACAAAUGACUGAAUUCUGCUGUUUUUCACCUCACUUAUUUGGUACUUUCAACCACACCACAUUGUGCCAGAACAGUCCACUGAGUCUUGGAAGCAAUGGCUGUUGUUAGCGGAACAUUCCGGAUGGUGUCGGAGGAGGAACAGGCUCUCAGAGCCAAACUGGAGCACCUCACGGUCAAAGAUCACGGGCCGGUGUUUGGAUCCUGUGCCAGGGUGCCAGACCACACAGUGCAAAAGGCUAAAGAUGAACUCAACGAAACAAGCGAAAAGCGCACGUCAGCCGUGAAAGAGCUCCGAAAUAUCAUAAAGGAGAAGGCCGACUCUGGAGACGAUGUCGCUAAGGGUGUUCAGGACACCUUUGGGAACCAACCCGAUGCUGUGCUGGUGAGAUUCAUCCGUGCCAGAAAAUACGAAGUAAACAGGGCUUAUGAGCUAAUGAGGGGUUAUGUGCGCUUCAGGCAAAACUACCCCGAGCUGUUUGAAAACCUGACCCCAGAGGCUGUGCGCAGUACCAUUGAGGCCGGUUACCCAGGGAUCCUGUCAAGACGAGACAAAUACGGCCGUGUGGUGCUGCUCUUCAACAUUGAGAAUUGGGACUAUGAGGAGAUCACAUUUGAUGAGAUCCUCAGAGCUUAUUGUGUGAUCCUGGAGAAGCUUCUGGAAAACGAAGAGACUCAGAUUAAUGGAUUUUGCAUAAUUGAGAACUUUAAGGGCUUCACCAUGCAACAGGCAUCUGGGAUCAAGCCCAUGGAGCUGAAGAAAAUGGUGGACAUGCUGCAGGACUCUUUCCCUGCUCGUUUCAAAGCGGUGCACUUCAUUCACCAGCCCUGGUAUUUUACCACCACUUACAAUGUGGUCAAACCCCUGAUGAAGAGCAAACUGCUGGAACGGGUGUUUGUCCACGGCGAUGAGCUGGAGAAUUAUUUCAAGGAGUUUGAUGCGGAUAUCCUGCCUUCAGAGUUUGAUGGGAAGGGCUCCAAAUAUGACGGCAAGGCCACAGCAGCAAAACUCUUUGAUUAAUUUUGCUGUCCGUCAACUUAGAAAAACAUAUCUGUCUGUCAUUUUAGUUAUGUUGUACUGCAGAAUAAUGGAAUGUGGUUGUGUGUUUUUUAAAUUGAACAGAGCACUUUCCAUGCCAAACCUCAUUGAACAAAUGCCCAGAUGUAAGAGGAAUGCAGAUUUAGGGGCAUAUGAUCUCUGUUAUACUAUAGUGCUGUUUGGCCAAUCUUGGGCAGGACCCUGAUUUUAGAUUGAUCCCAAAAUAUAGAAAUCCCUUUGGAGCCAAACAUUUCUGUUAUUUCUGUCAAUAAAGGAUGCAAUGUGCAACUUUAAGAA